UAGAGAAGUCUAAGAAUGGCAUUUUGUAAAGUAGCCGCAGCUAAGACUGACUUUGCUCUUGGGCUGUACAAGGAGUUGUCACAGAAAGAAGAUGGGAAUUUGUUCUUUUCCCCGUACAGCAUUUCCACUGCACUGAUGAUGACUCUGCUUGGAUCAAAGGAGAACACAAGAGAGGAAAUGCUGGAUGUUCUCGGGUUGAAAGAUCUUAAUGAAAGUGACAUCAACUCUGGCUUCCUCCAAAUACUGCAUCACUUGAGGUCUUCCAGAGGAGAUGUUGUCUUAGAAAUGGCGAAUAAAUUGUUCCCGGAAGCCAUCUACAAGUUGGAGAAAGACUUCUUAUCAAAGUGCAAGGAAUUUUACGAAACAGAGAUUCAAGCUUUGGAUUUCAAGGGAAACCCUGACGCUUCCAGGGAAGCUAUCAAUGCUUGGGCUGAAAAAGAAACCAGCGGCAAAAUCAAGGACUUGUUGCCAAGUGGUUCCAUUGACAGCCUGGUGCGUUUGGUCUUGGCAAAUGCAGUUUAUUUCAAAGGAAGUUGGUUGCACAAGUUUAAGGAGCAACAGACAACUAUGAAGGAUUUUCAUAUCCGAGAAAAUAAAGUUGAAAAAGUUAACAUGAUGUUCAUGAAAAGAAAAUUUCGAUUCAACUUUGAUCAGAGUCUUGGUCUGCAAGUGGUUGAAAUACCUUACAUUGGAAACAAAUUGUCAAUGGUUGUUUUUCUACCAACAGAAAGAUUUGCUCUGAACAAGAUUGAAAAUGCUUUGACAACUGAGAAACUACAUGGCUUGCUGGCUGGACUGUGGGAAGAGACAUUAAUGCUCUCUUUGCCACGAAUGAAAUUUGAACAAGACUUUGAUCUUGGUGGGGUUCUGAAAAAAAUGGGAAUGAUGGAUGCUUUUGAUGAAAGGGCAGCAAAUUUUGAAGCAAUUUCUGGAUCAAGGGAUUUGGUCAUUUCAAAAGUUGUCCACAAAGCUUUUAUAGAAGUAAAUGAAGAAGGCUCUGAAGCUGCUGCUGCUACAGCAGUUGUUAUGAUGUUAAGAUCCAUGCCUGCCCCUCCUGUCAUGGUGAAUUGUGAUCACCCAUUCUUGUUUCUUAUACGACACAAUCAAACAAAAACUAUUCUCUUUUUGGGAAGGUUUUCUGGACCAUAGAUUUAAUCAGUUUUUCCGUAUAUUGAUUUGUAUUUAUCAUCAUAUGCACUUAAUCAAGAAUUUAUGUUUAUUCGAGAAUACAAUUUUGGGAUCAUUUAA